UCCAGCAUCAUUUCUCUGCCUACACUCGCCGGCGCCGCUUCAGCGUCUCGCAAUUGUAGUCGAUCUUUUGGUUUAUCGUCGAGUCUUCGCGCCUCGGUUCUCGCCGCCUCACUUCGGUCCUCUCCGUCUGUCGGUCCCUCGCAUCGCUGAUUGUUUCUUGUCUCAAUAUUUUUUUCCAAGUGUUGAAGUUUGCCUCUGCAUGCUAAGUGCAAUACCGAACGCUGUUUAUCGAUUUGGUGAUGAUGCUAUGCCACAAUUGCUGACAGCAUUAUGACUUGCUUAGCGGAGUUAGCAAUGAGACAAACAAUCGUGAAAACAGGCCUUUAGUGCAUUUCCGGGUUACUUUCAUCAUGGCGACUCGUCUUCAGUUUGAAAACAACUGUGAAGUUGGUGUCUUUUCAAAACUCACCAAUUCUUAUUGCUUGGUUGCAAUUGGAGGCUCGGAAAACUUCUACAGUGCUUUCGAAACGGAAUUAGCAGAUGUUAUCCCGGUUGUUAAGACCUCAAUUGGAGGCACACGAAUUAUUGGGCGUCUAUGUGCUGGAAAUAAAAAUGGACUUCUCGUGCCUCAUACCACUACCGACCAAGAGCUUCAACACUUACGGAACAGUCUGCCCGAUCAAGUGGUAGUCCAGCGAAUCGAGGAACGUCUGUCAGCUCUUGGAAAUUGCAUAGCCUGCAACGAUCAUGUCGCACUUGCUCACACUGAUCUUGACAGGGAAACUGAAGAGAUAAUAGCCGAUGUUCUUGGAGUGGAAGUUUUCCGGCAGACAAUCGCGGGCAAUAUUCUUGUCGGUAGUUACUGUGCCUUCUCCAAUAGAGGCGGAUUGGUUCAUCCUCACACCUCGGUGGAAGACUUGGACGAGCUGUCGACUCUUCUCCAGGUCCCCCUGGUGGCAGGAACCAUCAACCGUGGUAGCGAAGUGAUAGCGGCGGGAAUGACGGUGAACGACUGGACCGCCUUUUGCGGGUCAGACACGACGGCCACAGAGCUCUCCGUCAUUGACAGCAUCUUCAAGCUGAGGGAGGCUCAGCCCAGCUCUAUCGUCGACGAGAUGAGGAAAUCUCUGAUCGACACCUACGUGUGAGUUUUACUUUCUCGUCCAUUUCUCUCUCUGGUCUGCGGGUGCACACGGUUACACACUCAAAGUGCCUUGUAUCAAAGAGUUUCCAGACCGCUUUGGCCUUUCUGCUUUUUAUAGUGCAAGAAUUUGCUCUGUUUUUUUUUUUGUGGGUUGAUGAAAAUAUUUUGAACUGGAAGUAGGCUAUAUAUAUAUAUCAACAGACAGAGGUAUAAAACAAAGUGCAAAUAUGUAAUAGAGAAAGAUACAGGGAGUUACGAGGUUGUGUAUAAUCAUAAUGGAAGGGAUGGACCGACCCAUCUUGCCCGA